CUUAAUUAGCAUGUUGUGAAUAAACAAUGCUAUCAUAACAAUAAUCGAUCUACACCAGCUAAACCAAGAUCUAGUGUUACAUAGUAUCCACUUUUGGUCAACUCAUUGCAUACUUUGUGGACAGAGGAAAAUGGCGAGUUCUGGUAAAACUGUGGAAGAAAUAAAAUUGGAAACAAUUGAAGGAACCGCGGAGAGUUUCAAAGAAUUUGGCCAGGUUAUUGGUCCUACUCCGGAUGAUGAAGACUUUGGACCGCAAGAUGCUCAGCUUGUUCUCAGCGAAGGAAUCCCCAGGUUGUAUAUUAUGACUCUUGAUUGUCGUUCACUCAAAUUUUCUUCCAUAACGCAUCAUGCACGCGUGACUCAAUGCCUUGGCUCGAUUGGUGGCCACGUUUGGUAUCUUGGAGUCGCGAAGCCUUCUCUGGUGGAGCCUGACCAAGUUGAGGCUGACAAGGGAUCAAAUGCUGUACAAUCUCAUGAUGGUCAUUUCUACAUACCACCUGCAAUUGAAGAUGUACGUGUUUUCCGAUUUUCAGGUCCAAAGUUUGUGAAGUUGAAUAUGGGUACAUGGCAUGCUGGGCCGUUAUUCAAUCCACAAAUCAAGAUGGACUUUUACAACCUGGAACUCAGCAAUACUCAUCAUGUAGACCAGACAACGCAUUAUUUCAGAAAGGAUUGCGGAGAUGUGAAAAAUGGAAAAGUCAUGUUCACCUUUGCGGAGUAGCUUAUCUAGUUCUCAAAUAAAGCAAAGUAUACAGCCAUCACCGGAAAUAAUGUUGUAUACAGUUUUCUCAGUUCUGUAUGCUGUGUUGUAUUGAUUUCAUCGGAGGCAUUCAAUUUACGGGUUUAGUAGCUUUUGAAUGAUAACCUAAAAUUCAUUCAAGCCAUUCCUCAAACAUCUUAAAAUUUUUAAAUGAACUACUCUUCAGCAAGAUAUCAAA